UUUAGUAAGUGUAAGUCGUUGGGUAUGGAGCCACCAGGCGCGGAGAUAGCAAUGGAGUAUUCCAAGAAUCCGCUGCUCUGUCCAAUAUGCCACGAUUACUACACGGAACCAUGCAUCUUGAGCUGCUACCACACUUUCUGCACUCGCUGUCUUCGUGGUCGUGAACAGGAACGCCGAUUGAUAUGCCCAUUCUGCAGGCAUCCAACAGCGCUGAAGGAUGGCUCGAAUCUGCCUCCGCCGGAUACAUUGAUGCGACAGCUGAUCGACAUUGCGAACAGCGAGAAUCCGCCCUGUUCGAACUGCGAUAAAAGGGACAGAAUGAACAUGUACUACUGCAACACAUGCGGUCAAGCGCUUUGUUCGCACUGCAGGGAUAAUACGCAUCGCGCCAAAAUGUUUUCCGCCCACGACAUUGUGCACAUGUCACGUUGCACCAAAGAGCCCAAAAGGGUGAGUAAUUACCUACCUACUAAUUGCUAAUUCUCGCAGCCUCCGGUUCGCGGUAGACGCGUAAUUGAACGCAAAUCAUAUUCGUCGCUCGAUUUCCUCAUGACCGCAAACACUAAAUACAAUUUGCACUUAUUUAAUAUUAAACGUACGUUCGAUACUAGCUGCAAACGAGAACGUAAAUCAGCGUUUUCCAAACUGUUGAAAAAUUGAAAUUAGA